AUGCGUUCCGCGGUCAUCCUUGCGCUUCUGCUGUGCGCGGGGCAAGUCUCUGCCCUUCCUGUCAACAGCCCUAUGAAUAAAGGGGACGCCAAGGUGAUGAGGUGCAUCGUGGAAGUCAUCUCUGACUCUCUGUCCAAACCCAGCCCCAUGCCCAUCAGCCCCGAGUGCCUGGAGACCCUGCAAGGAGACGAACGUAUUCUUUCCAUCCUGCGACACCAGAAUUUGCUGAAGGAGCUCCAAGACCUCGCUCUCCAAGGGGCCAAGGAACGGGCCCAGCAGCAGAAGAGGCCCAGCAGAUUCGAGGAGGAGCUCUCAGAGGUCCUCAAGGGCCAGAAUGAUGAGGCAGAGCCGAAAGAGGUGACGGCAGAGGCAUCCCCUAAGGAUGCCAUGGAGAAAAGAGAGGACUCUGAAGAGGUGGAGAAGAGUGCUGGAGUCACCGAGGGGACUAGGCCUCAGGCCUCCCCAGAGCCUGGACAGGAGUCCUCAACUUUGGAGAACAACCGGGCCCCUGGGGAAGAGGAGGCCACCAACACCCAGCCACCAGCCAGCCUUCCUAGCCAGAAGCACCUGGGCCUGCAGGCUGCAGGGGACAGUGAGGGCCCCUUUCAGGGUCUGGCGAACAGAGAGAAGGGCCUGAGUGCAAAGCAAGAGCAGCAGGCAAGGAGAGACCAGGAGGAGGAGGAGGAGGAGGAGGAGGAGGAGGCUGGAGAGAAAGCCAUCCCCGAGGAAGAAGGCCCGACCACAGCCUCUGACUCCCACCCCACCCGGGGCUACAAGCAGAUCUGGAAAGGCAAGAGUCGGUCCAAGGUUCUGGCUAUGGAUGCAGCUGGGAAGAUGGGGGCUGAGGAGGCUCGGGCCCCUGAGGGGCAGGGAGAGCAGCAAGAGGAACAGGAGGAGGAGGAGGUGGUGGCAGGGGCCCCUCAAGGCCUCUUCCGGGGCGGGAAGAGCAGGGAGCUGGAGCAGCAGCCGAGGGAGGAGGAGGAACAGCUUUCCAGGGAGUGGGAGGACGCCAAGCGAUGGAGCAAGAUGGAUCAGCUGGCCAAGGAGCUGACAGCGGAGAAGCGGCUAGAGGGGGAGGACGAGGAGGAUGACCCCGACCGCUCCGUGAGGCUCUCCUUCCGAACUCGGGCCUAUGGCUUCAGGGGCCCUGGGCCGCAGCUGCGACGGGGCUGGAGGCCAUCCUCCCGGGAGGACAUCGCGGAGGAGAAGAAAGAGGAGGAGGGCAGCGCCAACCGCAGAGCAGAGGACCAGGAGCUGGAGAGCCUGUCGGCCAUCGAGGCAGAACUGGAGAAGGUGGCCCACCAGCUGCAGGUGCUGCGGCAGGGCUGAAGCGCCGACUGGAGGGGCCAGCCUGGGUCCCAAGACACCCUGUGGUCCUGGCUCUGCUGUCCCCUCUGCAGGUCCUGGCCAGACGGCCUGGACGCUGCUUCUGGUAGAGGUGGCCUCCAGCCCACCAGAGCCCAGGCUGCCCCACUGCCCCCUUGCCACUCCCCUCUGUUCUCUGCCCCUGCCCCGGACACUCCUGCAGGGCAGCCCUUAACUUUCAACAUGGAUUAUUCCUUCUGUGAACACAGGCAGCUUCUAGAAGUUUCCCUUUCACCUUCAUACCCACUGGGCACAGCUACAAUAACUUCUGACCUUCCAGUGAAAGCUGAGAACUUCCGACUGUAAUAUAUUCCAGAUAAGAUUUAUCUAAGGAGGAAUA